GUUGUGGAUUUAUUUAGUCCCAACUUGAGAGGACUAAAUUUGCCUCCUCUCCUACUUCCACCUUCUCUCACCACUUGAAGUCGAAGCCCCUUCUUCUAACUCACUCAAGAGCCAAAGAGCCAAAGAUGUUGAACAAUGGCAACCCUGAGCUUCCUCAAAAAUCCCAAGAUGAAAACAAGUUCUUCUCUAGGCUUCUGUCCAAGGAAAGCUCCAUAGCCAAUCCAUCUUUCAAGGUCUACUAUGGAGGCCUGGCUGGUAGUGUUCCAUUCAUCUGGGAAUCUCAGCCUGGCACCCCAAAACACACAUUUAGUGAUGACCCAAUUCCUCCUCUCACUCCUCCUCCAUCGUACUAUUCAAAUUCCUUCCAAAAACCAACCAAAAAGCACUCAAGAUCCAAUCUUUUACACACCCUUUUCCCAAAAAUAAGUCUCAAUAAGAAAACCCAUGUACCAUCUUCUCCUUCUUCAUCAUUGUUUUGUUCAUCAGAUUCAUCUAUGCAUGUGCCAGUGAGCACAAGGAAGUUCCAUGGAAGGAGAAGCCGGUUUUCGAGCAGAAGCUCAUCGUUUGACUCCACGGGAGACUUUGAGGAAGAGGAGGAUGCUGGCUCGCCUACUUCAACAUUGUGCUUUCGAUUCAGCAGAGUGACCAGUGGAGGCAACCGAGGCUGUCAUUAAUUUUAAUGGCCUUGAUGAUGUCAAUAUUUGGCCAUGGAUCUGGGCCAAAGGUACCUCUUAUAGCUAGUGAUGAUGCUCUGUAAUCUUCGCUCAUGUUUUGCUUAAUUAAUGUUUAGAAUGUAUUAAUGUGGUGGUAGUAAUUACCUCAACUGCUGCCUAAGAUUCCCGCUUAAACAUAUAUGGUGGUGUUAAGAUUGUUAAUCUAGUACCUAGCAAUUGGCUUUCUGGAUGCAUGUACGAUUUCAGGUCAUUAAUAUUCCUUUUGCUUUUCAUUAUAUAUGCAAGUUCAGAAAAAUAUAUCAUCAGUGAAGUAAAUAUUA